UCAGUGUCAUGUGUCAACACUCAACUGCCAAUAAUAUAACCUUUUAAUAAAACACAAAAUACAAAUUCUGUUUAAGUUUAAAACAGUAAUUGUAUUAUACUUUACAACAUGGCUUCAAAAGAUAAUGAUAAGAAUAAGGGAGCACAAGGCGACAAUAAAGAAAAACGGAGAAAAGAAUCAAUAUUAGAUUUAAGCAAGUAUUUAGAGAAAAGUAUACGCGUAAAGUUUGCUGGUGGGCGAGAAGCUGCAGGAAUAUUGAAAGGAUAUGAUCCACUUUUAAAUUUGGUUUUAGAUAACACUACAGAAUUUCUUAGAGAUCCCGAUGAUCCUUACAAGUUGUUAGACGAUACAAGAGCACUAGGACUUGUUGUUUGUAGAGGAACAUCUGUUGUGUUAAUUUGUCCCAUGGAUGGAAUGGAAGCAAUUCCAAAUCCUUUCAUUACUCAGGAAGGAUGAUAUAUAUAUUAUUUUCUGUAAUAGUAACUAGAUAAUAAGUGCAUUUUUGUAAGUUAAUUAAAAAUAAGUUUUUUAAUUU